UAAUCUUGGUAAAUGGACGACCAAGAAUUUUAGAUCACAAGCAACAUGGUACAAUUUCAUUUGGUAAAGGCUACAUUUCACUCUUUUGUUGUUCAUUGAAUGCAGAUAUUUUUGAUAAUGCAAUAACAUACCACUGCUAUUUUAACAGAACCCAAGUGAUGAAACCAACAACUUGCAUGUGUUCAAUCAUUCGCAAAUUAAGUGGACAUACAAUUACUCCGGUUCAUAGAUGUCCCAAUCGGGAUAGUUUAAAUAUCCUACUUGUUGAUUCGAACCACAUUUUGUUUCUGUUUUUAACAAAAUGCAUCAACCAACCUCACAACUAAGCCAAGUGAAAUCAACAACUUGGAUAUUGUCAACUUGCACAUACAAAAGUGCCGCUGACUUCGGGAAGUGCUGAACUACCCAUUUAUGUUGUAAAAAUUAAUACUUGCAACUGUAUUCGGGUUAAUUCGACUACACGAAUGAGUUAGGUAUGUGUGUUUCCCGCUCCAGCGUCAGCAUUCGGUGCAUUGUGUGUGCAUUGUUGGGCUCUGCGUGGAGUUUCGUUUCCAAAAAGAUUGCACAAUGACUGAUAACAAUUACGAAAUCGACUUUACAAAUACCUUCAUAAACGCGUGCCCUUCCACAUCCACAACGUAUUAUGUAAGAUUACGUUAUAAAGAAACACUGGUAUGGGCUUCAGUUAGCGGCAAUUAUGAAUCUAUUAAACUUAAAGCUUCUCAGUGUUUCCCAGAAUUAUUGGGAUCCUCUUUCAACAUACGUGAUUCGGAUGGAGCUAUAAUAAACGAGGAUUUUAUAAACGACUUUUUAAACAUUUCCAACAAAGGGGUAAUACUGAGUUUUGUAAAGGACGAUGAAGUCUUAGAACAAUUGCCUACGGAGAGAAAUAUAAAUUCUCCUGCCUUUUCAACCUAUUCAUUGGCAUAUACCGGAGGAGUUAGUAGUGCCAGUACGGAAACUUUGCAGUCCUUGCCUACGUCCCCGGCACCAUCCGAUAUCUGCUCAAAUUUCGAUGAAGAUGAUGAUUCUUAUUCAUUAAUAGUUUCCCCUACUGGUAAGAAGCGACUAAAGACAUCAUCAAUUUCAUACCACAAUUUAACUGAUCACGAAUUCAAAAACUAUUUGUUAUCUGAUGCUUGGGGCAAACAACUAAUCAGCUACUAUAAAGAAAAUAGAACAUUAGAUGACAAACAUAGGAUACGAUUGGUGCAUAUCGCAGUUGAUCAUAUGUUACAAUUUAUGCCCCCCAAUACUUUACCUUCUGCUGAAACGAGAACACAAUAUGCUAAAUGCAUAGUAACACUGUUCCCAAAAUUGAAAGAUGUACAUACUGACGAAGGAUAUGAAGCAUUUAGGGGAUUCAUCGUUGGCCGCUUACGAACUGUUUUUAGAGAUAAAAAAGUGAAAAAAGGAAAUUCUACAAUUCAAGAGAAUUCCACAGUCAGUAGUGAUGAGUAUGAUGAGAGUGUUCAAGAAACCAUAGAGUUUUUGAAGGCAGCAACGCAGGAACAGAUAAAAGAUAUUUUUGAACGUACAAGACAGACAUUUGACUUUAGAAACAGUCACAGACAAGAUAUCGAUAAAUUAUUUCCCAGGUUUUUUGAUACGCCUGGCUUAAUAAGUUUGGAAUUUUCUCUAAUGUUUCCUGAAAAUGAUAUAUUUCAUAAAACUUUUUCAAAAAAUAUUUCCAUAAUUAAAAAACUAUACACAACAACAGCAACAAAUAUAAACACAAAGUUUUUACACGAAGAAAAUAAGGACCCCCAAGAUUGGAAUGCAAGUACCAAUGCAAUUUUAAUGUUGGUUUACUUGUUACCCCCAACUAGCUCUAAAAAUGCAAGAAAACAAAGUGCCGCUACAGCUGCAAACAAACUUAUAAUAUUUAAAGAUAUGCAAAUACCUUUCACUACUAUUUUGAAGGAAAGACCAUCCAAACAACCGUUCAUACUGGCAAUUGGAACAUCCAAAGCUGCAAUAAGUAAAUAUUACGUAGUAUUUGACGAACACAUAAUCCCUUCUCCUGAACAAAAUGUAAUAACUGCGUUUGAUCUUUGUUUUAAAGUACAUUUUGUAUUUAAUUUAGAUUUUGAGAAAUCUCUAGAGUAUUUUUAUAAAUUUGUUCAAAAUGCGUUUUAUAAUUUAGAAGUAAAGACAAUAUCCGAUAGAAUUCGUUGGUUGAGAACUAAAAUGGAUCACUUGAUGUCGCCAUCAAGCGAUGAAUCUGAAUAAAGAAAUAC